CUCAAACACGUUUGACAUUUUGGUGCUUCGUGUCGCGAUUCGAUUAGCGGCAGCGUAAGUUUUUUAAUAUCGUAAAAAAAGCGAAUCACGAAUAUUAUUGCAAUCCCACGAAACCAUACUGUUCAAGAUUGAUAGCGGUUCGUGUAAUUCUGUAGCAUCUUACUGCUAAUAGUAUUAUUCAUUAUUUAACGGGUCACCGGUACCUGUAAAGCUAGAGAAAUGCACACCGUCCUCAUCCGAGGGAACGCCAUCCUGGCUUAUUCGCUGAGUGUAUUGGCCUUCCUGACAUUCUGCUGUUUUGCGUCCACCUUCUUCACUGAUUACCGGACCAAUGCAAAGAUAAAUACCGUUAAAGUGUUAGUUAAAAAUGUGCCAGACUUCAGCGCUUCCCGGGAAAAGAACGAUCUGGGCUUCUUGACGUUCGAUCUGAACACCGACUUGAAUGGGUUGUUCAACUGGAACGUGAAGCAGCUGUUCUUGUAUCUCACCGCCGAGUACAAAACCGAACAAAAUGAACUGAAUCAGGUGGUGCUGUGGGACAAAAUUAUUCUACGCGGAGAGAAUGCCAACCUGGACUUUAAGAAUAUGAACACUAAGUAUUACUUCUGGGACGACGGCAACGGUCUGAAGGGACACCAGAAUGUGACGCUGACCCUCUCGUGGAAUAUCAUCCCCAAUGCGGGUCUAUUGCCAAGCGUAUUUGCCCAUGGGCACCACUCUUUCAAGUUCCCUGAAUCGUAUAUGCCGUCGCCUGUUUAAGCGACCCGACAAUAACAAAAAACUAGUUUAGCGAUAAAGAGGCACUAGAAGCAUUCAGCAGCUAAAACACCGGAAGGAGCGGUUUUUUCUAUGUACGGGUGCAUUUCAUCGUUUGAAAACUUUAAAAACAAUCAUCCCUCGUAUAAUUCACACUUCAUCUAACAUACUUUUGUUUUCGAGGGAAGCAGAGACAGACGGAAAAAUAAAUGAACCAUUUAUAAGUGGAAAAUAGUUCAGACAUGUCAACUAAA